AUGAGUAACUGGAACAUGGAUGGCUUGCAAGAAAACAUGAAAAACUUGAAUGUAGAUAGUUCCGAUAAAGAUUCUGAAUGGGAUAAACCUGCAAAACUUCAAUCAAAUGACACCAGGCGCGUCAAUGGCAGAUGGAGCGCUCGUGUGGAUAAAGCAGGUGAUUGGGGUAAUCGUCCAUUAACGGCGCAAGAUUUUGAGGGUCGCAAUCAACACCAACAGUGUGACAGGAGAGGGGGGUAUCAACAAGGAAGAGGUCAAGGCAGAGGCGAAUAUCAACAAAACUAUCAGCGUGGUGGCGACAGAGGAGGCAGAGGAGGAGGCAGUUAUCAGCAACAACCAUCUAGAGGUGGUAGAGGCAGAGGGAGCUACCAACAACAACAGCCUCGGCGACAACAACAAAAUAAUUGGCAUCAACAUCAAUCUAUCAACAACAGUCAAACAGGCUGGAAUACUCCAUCAAAGGACGACACUGCUUGGGAUCAAAGGCUUACUAGUACAUCUUCUUGGGACGCAUCACCUUCAAAUAGCAGUGCUGACACUUUCUCUACCUGGGAUCAAAAGCCCUCAGAAUCUCAGUCAUCUUGGGAUCAACAACCUCAAGCUACCACGACAAAACCUUCUUCAUCUGGCUGGGAUGCCAAGCCUGCUACCAGUUCUUGGGCUGCUCAAGCAACUCAAGCAUCUACAUCUGUAUCACAAGCACCAGCAACAAAAUCAGCCACUCAGCAGCACGAGGAUGAUGGCUGGAAUACGCCUACAGAAUCAAACAACAGCGGUCAAUGGGGUGCCAUGACCAUGGACAGUUUAGGGUGGACAGACAAAGGAAAGAAACCCAAAGAUACAAUUGAGCCUGGUCAAGGUAUAUGGAAGGAUGGCGUGCAUCAACUGGGAGAAGAAAGCGAAGAGGCCAAGAUCAAGUUGUUUGGCACAGCCACAGGUCAUGAAAGCGUUCAUUCGGGUAUCAACUUUGACAAGUAUGAAAACAUCCCCGUAGAAACCAAGGGGCAGAAUGUACCUGAGGGUAUUACUGAGUUCUCCAACUCUGGUCUUGACAAACACUUGCUGGAGAACAUCCAGCACGCUCGUUACACCACACCUACACCUGUUCAAAAACACUCUAUUCCCAUCGUCAUGCAACAUCAUGAUUUAAUGGCCUGUGCUCAGACUGGCUCUGGAAAGACAGCUGGCUUUUUGUUCCCCAUCUUGUCUGCCAUGUUCACAAACGGCCCCUUGGAGGAUCCAAAGGAGCCUCGUGUCAAGCAAGGCUAUCAAUCUUAUAAAAAGGCAUACCCUCAGGUACUGAUUUUAGCUCCUACCAGAGAGCUGGCCUCUCAAAUUUACAACGAAGCACGCAAGUUUUGCUACAGAUCCUAUGUGAGACCUUGUGUUGCGUAUGGUGGUGCUGAUAUUCAGAGACAGUUGCGUUUGAUUGACCGUGGAUGCCACUUAUUGGUAGCUACUCCUGGUCGUCUCGUCGACAUCUUGGAGCGUCGUCGAUUGUCGUUUCAGAAUAUUCAAUAUUUGGUGCUAGACGAAGCAGAUCGCAUGCUGGACAUGGGGUUUGAGCCUCAGGUGCGUCGUAUUGUCCAAGGUGAAGACAUGCCUCCACCGGCAAAGCGUCAAACCUUGAUGUUCUCUGCUACCUUUCCCGACAAUAUUCAGAAACUGGCCAGUGAUUUUAUGAACGAAUAUGUGUUUUUAUCGGUGGGUCGUGUAGGUGCUACAUCUGAAAAUAUCACUCAAAAGAUUGAGCUUGUGCGUGAUGAAGAAAAGCGUCCUCGCUUAUUGGAGAUCUUGAAACAAGACAAGGAUGCCCAAGGCCUGACGUUGAUCUUUACAGAAACCAAACGUAUGGCGGAUACUGUGUGCUCAUUCUUGAACGACAAUCACCUGCCCGCCACUGCUAUCCAUGGUGACAGAAUUCAGAGUGAACGUGAAGCCGCCUUGGACUCAUUCAGAAAGGGCAUCACACCCAUCAUGGUGGCUACUGCUGUUGCAGCAAGAGGUUUGGAUAUCCCCAAUGUCACACAUGUCAUUUCGUUUGAUUUACCUAGUGACAUUGAUGAUUACGUUCAUCGCAUUGGUCGUACUGGUCGUGCAGGAAAUACAGGUAUCGCUACUGCAUUUUUCACCAAUGGAAACCGUUUCAUGUCAAAACCCAUGGUCAAGCUUUUGCAAGACGCCAAGCAAGAGGUGCCUGGAUGGUUAUUGAGCAUGAGCCAAGACAGCGGCAAUGACCCUUCCAACUUCCAACCUACGCAUGAUAGAAGACGACCCAGACGAAGAGAUGAUGACGAUGAUAUUGGGCCUCGUGUCAGCUCAUUCAGAGUGCAAUGGUAA